AUGGAUGAAUGCAUAGAUUCUGAAUUCAGCGAAAGAAGCUCGUCUGGACUCACUUUCUCCACACGGUCGGUUUACAAUCUACCGUAUAACUCUAGGUUUUCAGUGACAUUCACGCCCAUUACGAUCAGAUAUUCUUUUCCAAUACCAGUAUUCAGCUGACAGAUGCCCGUCCCAAGCAAGACAAGUAUUUGAUCAAGGUGCAGUGCAACAAUCAGACAUGGUUAGUCCAGUUUCAAAGUUACAUCAUCUCACAACAAUGUUAUACAUAACAAUUAAACAUUAACUAAUCAUAUCCCAUUUUAGGUCCAUUGACAAGUCAAUAUUGGAAUUCUACGACCUUGAUGAGCAGAUCCACAAUUGUACAUUCACCAGAAAAUACAGCAAUCUCCUAAGCCUUUCCUCAGAACUUUUUGAUCUCGAAAACCGCCGAAAAGGUACGAUCGAAGAUAUAAAACGAGUGAUAGCAGAAUAUAUCGACAAACUCAAUGUGCUAAUAGAAGACAACAUCAAAGUGCUGAGCUGUUUGCACGUACUCAACUUUUUAGAAGUAAGUCUAGACAUCAAUCUGUUAUUGUUUUAGAUGAACAACAGUGGAGAACAUACCUUCAGUGCAUGUGCAUCUAGCAGUGAAGAUCAAGUGAAAACGAACAAAAGUUACUUCUCGAGGAUCAAAAGUUCGUUCAAACAAAAUAAACUCAAGCAUGGUAAAGUGUUCGGAGUGGACUUAUCAUUACACAUGCAAAAACACAACGAAAAAGGUAAGAUAAAAUGUCAGACUAUUCAAAAGAUCACAACUUUUACCAAGGUAUCACUGAAUAUUCUAAAUUUAAAAUUCGAACUGUUACCAAAAUAUGUUGCAAAAAUAUUAUUUUUUCAUUGUUUUCAAAAAAAAAUCUGUUUUUAAUGAAGUGCCACAAUUGAUCACAAAUUUAUUUAUUUUUACAUAAAAUUUUAUAAAUAAUUCUGACUUUCAGUUCCGUGUAUUGUUUAUGACUGUGUGACAUUCAUUGAAAAUCAUUUAUCUAGAGGAAUAUACAGGAUCUCAAGUGUUUCUUCACAAAUCAACCAACUAAAGUAAGAUAAUAUCGCAGUUUUCUUUGAAUUACUCAAUAAAUAAUGUAUUAUCAAGUAAAAGCUAUAAAAACUUUUAAAACUUACAAUUGAGUAGUAUAUAAAUAUGAAUUUAGGGAAUUGUACGAUGAAAAAAGAACCGCCCAAUUUGAAUUUGACAAGUUUACUGAUGUUAACGCUGUUGCUUGCCUGUUGAAGAUGUACUUCAGGUUACUGCCUCAUCGGUUACUGAAUCCUUUACCGGAAGACGUUGUAAGUUAAAGACAUGUUUAGGUAUUCAAUUUAAAAGAUAAUCUGUCUAUUAUUGUGAUAAUUUAAGAUGUUUAUGAAGUCGGAAUCAGUGCAAGAUCAGAUCUCUGACAUACGAUUGUUUUUGAAUACUUUGGAGCCGGAUCAUUACAGGUUGGUGACAAUAACUGUAAUCUUAAAAUUUUCAACUCAUAUUAUUUUAUAUUUGUGGGGUUGACUAUGUUAUCUUUUUAUGUCCUUAUACCUGGUUUUAGAACGACGGCGUUUUUAAUACGACACCUGAAGUUGAUAUCAGACAAGGCCGAUUCUACUAACAUGGAUGCUGCCAACUUGGCUUUAGUUUGGUCUCCAAACUUGUUCAAGUAAGUAAAAUAUUAUCUUACGUUAUUAUGUAUCCAUUUUAGUAAUUUUACUCUAUGCAAUUUUAGAAUAAAGUCCACAAAAGACCAAAUAACUAACAUGAAUGGUCAGAACAGGAGUGUAGAGUUGAUGAUACGACAUUACCGGGAAAUAUUCGAGUUGCUAUCAAUAGGUGAGUCAAUAAUAAUAUCGGUGAUUGAUUUGUAGAUCACCCAUUGGAGAUGCACCAGUCCAGUGACGGUUCUUAUGGAAUAAUCACAACUCAAGAAGACACCGACUAUUCGAAUAUCAGGAACUACACUGGCUUCAGUCCGAGUCCAAAGAAGUUCAAACACAAAAGGUAGUCUGCGUCAAUGUUUCCACAAUAUUAAUCGAAAUAUAUACAUUUAUGCUAUUAUAUGUAUGAUAAGAAUAUGAUUUUUCAGAGUAAGAUCAGAAGAACCCCCGCCCAAGUCCUUUAUGUCAUCGUUUAGACGGAACCUUAAGGUUCUAGGUAACAACAUGAAAUCGUCUUUUCGAAAUCUGGUAAAAGUAGGAAACACGAGUUUGGCGUCAUCGGAAAGUGGCAGUGUAGAGUAUGUAAGCCAUCGGCCGCCUCAGAUGGACACGAUGAGUGCGUCUUUGUCGAUGCAGAUUGAGAAAAACAUCCUCCAUAUACACAGACAGAGGUAUGUUUAUAAAUAUUUUUUAAACUUAAAAUUAAAAAACCGUCUUAAAAACACUGCAACACUACAUAUUAGGUUGAACCAAAAGUAGCCGGACACUUUUCAUUCAUUUUUCAAUAAAAAAGUGUUCGGCUACUUUUGGUUCAACUUACUAACAAAUUCGUUAAAAUAAUUUCAAAAAAAACAUGCAAAUAACUCGUGCUGUAACUUGAAAUUCAGCGGCCGAAACAGUCCGUACGCCUCAAUAUCACUGAAAGAUGUUAAAGUGCCUAAAGCGGAAAUGGACACAUUCAGCACGGAUUCAUUGCCAUUCGAAGCCAGUCGUUACGAUAAUUUGGAGAACAAACGGCCAAUGUCAGGCUGA